AUGAACCAACGUCGCAGACCCGUUCGGCAGGGCCUUCGCAAGGCUCCAGGGCAAGGUUAUACCUCGCUUCAUCAGCAGUCGAGUGGGGGGGAUGAACCCUCUCUCGCCUAUUACUACAAGGAGAUCGAGCGACAUCCACUGCUCACGCCAGAGGAAGAAAAAGCCCUGACAGAGCAAAUUGCCCUGGGCAACCUGCCAGGUGCGAGUGCUCGCGCUCGACAGGCUGGGCAGAAAGCCCGCGAAAAGCUCAUCACCAGCAACCUGCGCUUUGUCAUUCACGUUGCCAAAAAUUUUAAGAAUCAAGGGCUUCCCAUGGCCGAUCUCAUCAAUGAAGGCAACAUGGGCCUGAUGACCGCUGCUCGCAAAUUCAAACCCGAAAAAGGUUAUAAAUUUAUCACGUAUGCAGUCUGGUGGAUACGGCAAAACAUCCUGAAAGCCCUCGAAGUUCAAACCCGAUCCAUUCGAAUUCCCGGCAAUGUCGUCAAUGACCUCAACAAAUUGCGUAAAGUGGAAGCAGAUCUUUACCAGCACCUCGACCGGCAUCCCGACGCCGAUGAACUCGCUCGAGAAGCCGAUCUACCCCUCAAAAAAGUCACACAUACCCUCGAAUCGUCCUACAACGCGGUGUCUCUGGAUACCCCAAUGUACGAUGAUGACGCUUCGGCAAACUCAGCCCCUCGCGCUGUCACCCUUCAAGAAACCCUGUCCGAUCCCCAAACAUUAUCUCCGGAAGACGCCUAUAUCCAAAACACCAUGCAUCAUGAUAUACACAACGCGCUCAGUGCUUUGCCCGAUCGCGACCGACAAAUACUGCAUCUCUAUUACGGUUUCAACGAUCCGGCGGAACGCGCCGAAGUCAGCAGUUCAAAACCCGCAACCUAUCAACAAAUAGGCAACAAACUGGGGGUCAGUCGAGAACGGGUGCGCCAACUCAAAGAAGAGGCCCUGAAUCGGCUGCGGCAUCCCACCCACAGUAAGCGACUCGCUACCUAUUGCAGUUAA